ACAUACUUUUUAUUCCUUCGACGUUUUUUCCGCACAAUUGCGUGGAGAGGCUUCUACAGUCACUCCUUUGUAUCACAGGCUACAAUCCUCGCUAUUCCGUAAUUUUAUUUUUAGAAACCUCAGAUUAAAUUUGUUUCUCCUUAAUUUUGUUAUUUCUUUUAAUCUUUUCUGUAAUGAGAGGUCAUGAUCUGAUAAACACGGUUCUUCCCGAUGAAUUGUUCCUGGAGAUCUUCCGUCACCUCGAUGGUCUGAAAUCGAGCUGUGACGCCUGCUCUCUGGUCUGCAAGAGAUGGCUAAAUAUCGAGAGAUUUAGUCGUCGCACUGUUCGGAUCGGAGCCUCUAGUAACCCCGAUGCGUUCGUGAAGCUUCUGGUUCAGCGAUUCGUCAACGUCAGGAAUGUUUACAUCGAUGAGAGAUUGCCCGUUUCGUCUCCGUUUCAGUUUGGGUAUAUAUUUCCUGGACCGACUCCGACUACUAAAAAAAGGCGUCAUAGUAAAAAUGCACGGUCAUCUUUGGAACAUCUUCAUGUAUCUGAGGACAGUCGGUCUGAAGAACGUGACUUAGAGUCCUUCAGCUUGUCAGAUGCUGGUCUCGUUACUCUUGCAGAAGGCUUUGCCAGACUUGAAAAGUUGAGCUUAGUCUGGUGCUCCAAUGUGACAAGUGUGGGGUUAAAAUCUGUUGCUGAGAAGUGUAGAUCCUUAAAAGCUUUGGAUUUGCAGGGCUGCUAUGUUGGAGAUCAAGGUCUAGCUGCUGUGGGGGAAUGUUGUAAGCUACUUGAGGAUUUGAAUUUGCGCUUCUGUGAAGGCUUGACUGACACGGGUUUGGUUGAAUUAGCACAUGGUUGUGGGAAAUCACUAAAAGCCCUCGGCAUAGCUGCAUGUGCAAAAAUAACUGAUAUCUCAUUAGAAGCUGUGGGAUCUCACUGUACCCUUCUUCAGACAUUGUCAUUGGAUUCAGAGUUCAUCAAGAACCAAGGCGUGCUUGCUGUAGCUCAAGGUUGCUCAUCCUUAAAUGUUUUGAAGCUUCAGUGUAUUAAUGUAACGGAUGAAGCUCUGCUAGCCGUGGGUACCUACUGUUCUUCAUUGGAAUUGUUGGCGUUAUACAGUUUCCAAAGGUUUACUGACAGGAGUCUGUGUGCUAUCGGCAAUGUGUGUAAGAGGCUAAAAAGUCUUACUUUAAGUGAUUGCUAUUUCUUGAGCGACAAGAGUCUGGAAGCAAUUGCUACUGGCUGCGUUGAACUUGCACAACUUGAAGUUAAUGGCUGCCACAAUAUUGGAACAGCUGGACUGGAGGCUAUUGGAAGAUCUUGCCCAGGCCUUUCUGAGCUAGCUUUGCUAUACUGCCAAAGGAUUGGAGAUGAUGCCAUAUGCAGUAUAGCUCAAGGCUGCCGGAACUUGAAGAAACUUCAUAUUCGUCGAUGUUAUGAGAUUGGAGAUAAGGGAAUCAUUGCAGUCGGUGAAAACUGUAAAUCUCUUACAGACCUUAGCCUUCGAUUCUGUGAUAGGGUUGGGGAUGCAGCUCUUAUUGCUAUUGGUCAGGGCUGUUCUCUGCGAUAUUUGAAUGUCAGUGGGUGUCACCAAAUUGGUGAUGCUGGAUUAAUAGCCAUUGCACGAGGAUGCCCUGAACUUGUUUACCUUGAUGUGAGCGUUCUUCAGAAUUUGGGGGAUAUGGCGCUUUGGGAGCUAGGGGAAGGCUGCCCUUUACUCAAAGACAUAGUACUAUCUCACUGUCGACAAAUAACAGACGUUGGUUUAGCAUAUCUUGUUAAGAAAUGCACUAGGAUCGAGUCAUGCCACAUGGUUUAUUGCCCAUUUAUAACUUCAGCUGGAGUGGCCACGGUGGUUUCUAGCUGUGUCAACAUUAAGAAGGUCCUGGUAGAGAAGUGGAAGGUUUCCCAAAGGACCAGGCGACGAGCAGGGUCUAUCCUUUCUUACCUGUGUAUGGACCUCUAAUUCUGGCUUUUAAUAAAUUAAUGGUCUGACUUGUGCACACAAAUUUUCUAAUCAGAGAUGGCUUUAGAUGAAGUGGAAGUCAACUAUCUGAUGGGUGGGCGGAUAUGUGCA